UGAGGCAGUCACCGCUGCCCAAAAAACACAGACUCACCAACAUUUCAGAGCUUUGCCACUUACUUCGUUUUUAGAAGCAGAACCACCCGUUUUCUUUCCGUCGUUUAUCGCACCUGAGCACAGUCUUGUCUCAGCUUUCGUAACAGGCGUCCAGAAUGAGUAAAAACAGCAAAGUGUUGAACCUGAAGGAUAAAAUCAGUGGCAAUGAAGUGGACCUGAGCCUGUGUAACCUCACUGAGGUGCCAGUCAAAGAGCUGGCUUUAUUCCCCAAAGCAACCACUGUGGACUUGUCUUGCAACAACAUUACCUCCCUUCCUCCAGAGUUCUGCAACCUGACCCACCUUGUGAAGGUGGAUCUGAGUAAAAACCAGCUGACCUGUCUGCCAGACGACCUGGGGAACUUGGUCAACCUUCAGCAUCUGGAUCUGUACAACAACAAGCUGACUGUCCUGCCUGUCAGCUUCUCUCAGCUCAGGAGUCUGAAAUGGUUGGACCUGAAGGAUAAUCCGCUGGAGCCCGUCCUGGCCAAGGCAGCAGGAGACUGUCUGGACGAGAAGCAGUGCAAACAGUGUGCCUCCAAGGUUCUGCAGCACAUGAGAGCCAUUCAGGACGAGGCCGAUCGAGCACGAGAGAAACGCCUUUUAAGGGAAAAAGAGCUGGAGAGGAAGAGGGAGGCAAAGCAGAGGGAGCGGGAGGCCAGAGAGAAGGAGGCCCGUAAACGGGAGAAGGCGGAGGAGAAGGAGAAGAGGAGGAAAGAGUACAAUGCUCAGAUGGCGGCCUUAGCUGCACAGGAGCAACAGAAGAAGAAGAGUGAGGAGAAGAAGAAAAAGAACGGACAGGCAGCAGGUGGGAAUAAAGAUAAAAAGGUCGUUGUGGAAUCAGCACCUAAACCUCGACGUUCUCUCGUUGGCCUGUUGUUCAAGUUCCUCUUCCUGCUGCUGCUGGGAUUAGCUGGAGUCGCCGCUGCCUGCCGGCUGACCGACCUGCAGAAGGAGGCCGCGUGUGUGCCGAUCAACGUCGCCGUGGACGACAGCCUGUCCUGGGCCAGGGAGCAGGAGGGUGUGGUCAGACAACUGGUGCAUAAUCUGUCAACUGCUGCAAAGGAGUUUCUUGAAUCCACACAAACAUCAAAGAGCUAAAUUCUCACUUGCCUCCAUCAAAACUCAGAGCUGCAGGUUUUCCACUCUCACCUGUGAAUCCUGGGAUGUUUUUUUUUUUUUUUUUUUUUUUAAUAUGCUGAAAUCAUGAUUCUCAUUAAGAUGGCCGACCUUGCAUCCCCUCACCUUGUUUGUGGUGCUGGGAGGUGAAGAGUCUGUACAGAUAGACAGAGGGGGACGGACAAAUGUGUUUAAAAUCAUCUUAAAUUCCUAUGGAAUUGUUGUCGCUCUUGUGUCCUCUUUGUACUACCGCCUGUUUUUUUUUAAAAAAAGUCACUGACUUAGAAUGUCUCCCUGUACACCAUGUCUUGCACUUGGACCAGCACCAGGGGUUGGUUCGUGUGCGUCAGUGCGUGACAUGGAGCGCAGGUUGCAUUUGAGAGGUGUUCAGUGUAACAUCAGGUGGCCCUGUCUGUGCUGCACUGGUGUGUCGAGUCACAUGUCAGCUGCCAGUCAGAGCUGUGCAUCAGCCAAUCAGUGUCAGAUGUGGCAGUCUGAGCGUGUGCGGUGAAGGCUGUGUGAAUGUAGAGCUCACUCUUCUUCACCCUCCACCGCCUUAAAUCUGCCAAUGCAGCAAAAUCUCACAGCUAAUCCAAACCGUCUGCUGAGCACGAGCGGAUUUUGUCUUAUCGCGGAUACAUUGGGCGUACAUGUCGGCUGAUAACUAACAAGAAACGGCACACAAAUGCCAAAGAUAUGUUUGAGGUCAUUUAGAAACAGUGUUGUCAUGACAUAGUUUGUUCACCAGGGAGCAAAACGUCCUGGUUAGUAAGUACUGCAUCUUAGUCACAACUCUAAAAUAACCAAAUUAUUGCAAGAAAAUGCACGAAAAGCUACUGUAAUGAUUGAUUGGUUGUAGAACGUAGUUGCUGAUCACUGACUAAUUGUUUCAACUCUAGUUUCUUAAGAAGAAUAUCAGCCGAUAUAUCGUCAUCAGAUUUUUCUUCCAAACUCCCAAACAUUGACACCUGUAUUGGCCUUUAAAAUCUGGCAUCAGUCAGGCCCUGAAUGCACACCCUUCCCAGUGCACAAAAAUGACCAUAUCAAAGAUUUUGCAUGCGUUAACUCAUUUACUAGAAAUCCUGUCUCUGUCGCAGGCAACCAUUUUGCUAAUCGUGCUUCAGAAUGUGUUUUUCCUACCGGUCACUGGUUUCCAUUCAUAUCCAUACAGUCUGAAAAGCAAUUAGCAGACUGUUGAAACUUGUAAUUAAUUAAUCGAAUAUUGAAUAUUAAGUUUUCCAUAAUUUAUCAAGGCUGUGCACACUCUCUGCACUGAGCCUGCAUUUCCAGUAAACAAUAAUGGAACUUUAACCAACAUCACUGGAGACUCGAUGUUCACUGUGAUGGAUUCGCUGAAUAAUAUUCCAGACACCACAGACGAAACAAAAACCAGUGGCUACGUAGAAGGUUUGGAAAAAUGCACAAACACAACGGCAGGAAAUUUGCAAAAAGAGGUUGGCUGUGACAUAUAAUACGUUUUGUUGUUAAGGGGUUGUCACUGUGGUAUGGUCCUUUUCAGUAGUGCUGCAGUUGCACAAUUUAACACAUCUGGUGAACCAAGGACCAAGAGUUGAUAUUGAACUCAAGAUCCAAACUUUGAAAUUACUUUCUCCUUUCAUCUGUCAUCUUAACUAUAGAAAGAAAAGGUAAUGGUCAGACUAUUUUCCUGUUCGCUUUCAAUUUCAACUGCUGAUUUUUUUAAAAAUUGAAACGUACUUGCUGCCUUUGCUGCUCUGGUCCUUGUACAGCUUUGUCCGUGCUCAAACAUUGUCAGCAUCAUUAAAUGGCUAUGCACUGCAAGGAUUAUUUCAACGUUGUGCUUUUGAAGCAGGAAACAAGUCAAACUUCUCAAAUGCAUCAAGGCCUAAUUUUGUCUUAGUAAAAACAAGCUGUUCAAGAGCUUUGCCUAAAUAAAAUACAACCUAAAAUUAGCAAAACUAUUAUUUAAAAUCAUUUUUGCUUGUGCACUUAUUGCUAAAGAGUAAGUAAACAUGACUAAGAC